AUGUCCACAUCCUCCAACGUGGUGGUUCUAGACAACGGCGGCGGGUUAAUCAAGGCGGGCCUCGGCGGCGAACGCGACCCCUCCGCUGUGGUCCCCAACUGUCUCUACCGCCCCCCGGCCUCCAAGAAAUGGCUCCACCUGACCUCCCGCGACGAGGACCUGACGUCUGCCGCCGUCCGCCGCCCCAUGGACCGAGGAUACCUGAUAAACCCGGAGCUGCAGCGGGAAAUCUGGUCGCACCUCUUCUCAUCCGUCCUCCGCAUAAACCCCUCGCAGUCCUCGCUCCUCCUCACGGAACCCCUCUUCACGCUCCCCUCCAUCCAGCGCUCUCUCGACGAGCUCGUCUUCGAGGACUUCAACUUCCGGGCCCUAUACGUGGCUCAUCCCCCCGCCCUCGUCCACCUCCACGAGGCUACCCGCCGGCCCAGUGGGCUUCUCUCCCGGGCUCAGUGCAGCCUCGUCGUCGACGCAGGGUUCUCCUUCACCCACGCCUCUCCCGUCUUCCACAACUUCCCUCUCAAUUAUGCCGUGAGGAGGAUUGACUUGGGCGGCAAGGCCCUCACCAACUACCUCAAGGAACUCGUUUCCUUCCGCUCCGUCAACGUCAUGGAAGAGACCUUCAUCAUCGACGACGUCAAGGAGAACCUCUGCUUCGUCUCCCUCGACAUCGACCGCGACCUCACCAUCGCCAGGAAGAGUGGGAAAGAGAAUCUGUUCAGGUGCACCUAUGUGCUUCCGGAUGGUGUCACACACACAAAGGGGUUUGUUAAGUAUCCAGACCAGGCACGGCGGUAUUUUGCAUUGAGGGACAAUAACCAUCCUUCUUCGGCACCAGUGGAGGCAGAGGGGGACACGAAUUGCUCAGAAAUUGCUGAGCAGCCGGGGGACAGAAAGAGAGUUGAUUUGCCAAAAAAUGAGUUUGACUUGACAAAUGAACGGUUUCUUGUGCCAGAGAUGAUCUUCCGUCCUGCUGAUUUGGGAAUGAACCAGGCUGGGUUAGCAGAAUGCAUUGUUCGAGCUGUUAAUGCAUGCCACCCAUAUCUCCAUCCUGUACUCUACGAAAGCAUCAUAUUAACCGGUGGAAGCACCUUAUUUCCUCAGUUUGCUGAGAGAUUAGAGAAAGAGCUUCGGCCUCUAGUUCCUGAUGACUAUCAUGUGAAGAUAACAGCCCAAGAAGAUCCCAUACUAGGUGUUUGGCGUGGAGGGUCACUGUUGGCAUCGAGUCCAGAUUUUGAAGCAAUGUGUGUGACGAAGUCUGAGUAUGAGGAGCUUGGUUCUGCUAGAUGUCGCAAGAGAUUCUUUCAUUAA